ACAUAACGAGUGGUUACAUUUUGAUUUUUCUCCUGCAGCGGACCUCCUAUCAUCAUAUUAGUAGUUGUUGGUCUACUUGUUCUGUCUAACGAUACGAAUCUCCGUUUGCCAAGCAAGACUGAGAAGUGAGAUGAGGCUGUCAUUUCUAUCAUGGUCCAGGAUCAUUGUUACCCGUGCGCUUCCGUUCUCAUGGACGCUUGUACUGUGGCAGGUUUUUACCUUAUCCGUCAUCUUUCCGUCCCUAGAAGUUGCGGGUUUGCGGAUGAAUUUGCUCAGAAGCCUCGUGUCUUCGGAGCGCGAGGAGGUCAACGCGAACUCAGGCGAGUCCGAUGCCGCUGGAGCACACGCCGCACCCAUGGUCACGGUCCUUGUGGGUCUGAGCUGCGACCGUGAGAAGCAGUUUGACGUCGAUCCCACGCAAAUAACCGGGCGAGGCGUGCAACUUGAAGCGGAGAAAAGAUUACUUGGGGACCACGUCGCCGCCGGCUCCUCCGCGAUGCCCGUGGUCACGGUCGCGGGCCAGGUUGUUUCGUACGACAGUACGACACUGUUAUCGGAGUAUUUAUUUUCGAGAAGUAAAAGCACCGAAGCGCGCGGCGGCGCACCAGAAAGUAGUUGUACUGCUCCUGCCGCACAGGAGCCUGCAUCAGGAGCCCAGCUUUCCGCCUCAUCCGCUUCUUCCGUGGGAGGUGGCGCGUCGAACAAACAAGGGCGUAGCAGGUCAAACGGGAAGGUGCAGCUGCCGCUGGGAGCCACCGGACGGGACCGAGGGGGCGCAGCUUCGGGUGGCCGGAGCCGCAGUAGAGAUCUUCUGACCUCCCCCCCCGGGCAGAUCCUGAAGCCUGCGAGCAGCACUAGUCAGCGGGGCGGGGGGGCGGCUUCGAGCAAUAGUUCGAUCCCUGGGGCGACAGAGUACAACAGGGGAGAUGCGGUCUCGACGAUGCCGGGUAGUAGAGGAGGUGCUGGUGGUGGUGCUAGUUCAACGCCGAGUUCAUCAUUCCGGAGCCAAUUUACCGCAAGCGCGGACGAAGCGCGGAAGAGCGCGCCCUCGCCGGCCUUGAGCGCGGUCAGCACGACGCUGGCGAAGACGGCCAGCGGCAGCUCCCUGUCUACGUUCUUUCUCGAGGAUUCGGCGUCGGUGUUCGCCAGUCCAGCUAGUGAGUGGGGCGCCGGGGGCGCGAGUCCGACCAGUCCGAGCGACGACGUCGACUCAAUGUCCUCGGACCUGUAUCCUGUGUAAAAUAAGCGUGCCCGCCUGACUAAGUCAGGAUGGGGAUUAUAAUCUGCUGCACACAGUGCCACGUGUUGGCUGUGACGCAUGACAUCAAGUUUGGGCCAGUAAUUUAAGUAAUCGCGUUGAGCUAGCGAAGCAGCAUCACAGAGCGAUGGUCUCAUCCUUAGUAGAGCAUGAUGAGUUCUACCCAGAUGACAUUGAAAAAUGGUCUCCGUAGGGAUGCGCAUGAGGAUCAUUUUAGGCAUGCAGACUUGCAUGACGUUAUUACACAGGAUAACCUGGACUCAGUGGUAACCAGCAGCCGGUGUUGUUCCGCCCCGUAUCCACUGCGAAUGUGUCUGGGUCUGGGAAGUUGUCAUGCGAAUUUGUGGCUGAUGAAUAGAGUACAAUAGUCAACCACCUAGCAUGAAAAGUUUUUUGGGAGCCCUAUGUUCUUGCGUAUUGAUUCCGCAUAAGAAAUCGCACUUUUGCAAUAUAAAAAAGGAAUACUCUUUAGCAACACGCAUCAACACAAACUUCGCAGCCAUGGUACCAGAUACGCACUACAAGUCUUCUACCUUCCAGACCCAGGUCGAAGAUAUUUGCAAUGCAUACCCCGGGGUCGGAAGCGACGUACAGUCCCUCUCUACUGCCGUUGCCAGACGAGGAUGAGGAGGAACUGCCUUGGAUGCCGUUGAUCCCCCCGGCAGUGCCAGAAACAGAGUGCCCUUUGGAAAAAGCUCCCCGGGACCACACGGUGCCGCUCACCAAGCAGGAAAUGUUGGAGGAGGACAGUUGUAUGUUCCUGUUCAGUCAGAGCAGUAGCGGGAGCGACGGGAACCACACGGCGACAGAACAGCUGCCAAACGCAAGGGCGCUCGGGUCCGUGUUAGCAGCGGAGGGCGGGGAUAAAAGUACUACGGCGGUGGACGUCGAAAUGGAAGCAGCAGAAUCGGCUGCGCAUGGCGAUAGAAAUCGCGGCACGGCACGAGCAAGUAGAAAAUGCAGUGGUACUCUCCAGCAGGCUAUCGCCCAGGAGCAACAGAGGCUGGCUGGAGGAGCGGCUGGCGCGACGCCCAUCGUUUCCGUAAUCUGGAGCCAGCCCUCUGUGUCCAACUUUCUGCACAAGCUCGUGGAGGGUCCGUUCGCCGCCGAGCUGCAAAGGACGGCCAUCAGCGCUCCGGUGGAGAAAACGCCAUUCGCCCUGCGGGUGGGAUACGAGUUCGGCGACAUUCUGCGCCGACGGACGGUGCGCGACGUCGCCGUGGAGGUGCGCGAGUUUCUAGAUACUCGCUACGGCCCGAACCGGGCGCGCUAUGCGUUGAACGCGGAGGCCUUUCCAGACGUGCCAGCGUUGGUGCCGCUCGGCGGCGCGCAUUUCGCGCCCACCGUGUCACCACCCCGCCAAACCGCGCGCCGCAUCUCGUUCGGCAUCCAAGUGUACGACGAGCGCGCGGCGGCGGAGGGAAAAGAGGAGCCGGUCACCGUUUCCUUUGUUCUGGAGGAGCCCACACGAUGGGUCAGUAUCAAAUGCAAAAGUGUCUGGGUCUGGAAGAGUGCAAGUUUGUCAUGCUUGUCUGGCAUAACUCGAGAAUCUGAAUCUGUGUUGCAUAGGCACAAAAAGGCCCUCCUACCUGUCGUGUAAAAACGCCGUUUGCCAUGCGGAAUACGUAAGACAUGGUAGCCAUAAAAUUUGUCAUGCGUGGCUGCGUAUUGCAGUGCGUCUAAGUCUAUCAUCCACUUUUAGCAUUACAAGCUUCCAGACCCAGACAUUUUUGCAUUUGAUAGUCAGCGGAAGCCUACGGUUUGCGUUCUUUGGGCUUCACUUUCCGGGGGAGCGAGACCCGCGGUCGCUCUGGGCAACGCACCAGGUGAGCAGGGCUGCGCAUGGGAAAAGAAAGGAGUACAAUUACGUGCAGCGGGGGAACCUGAGCGCGCUAUCAAAUGCACAUUUAUGGUUGGCACUGGAAGAUCGCAGAAGUUUGUGACGCAGCUUUUUCAUGCCCGAGCAGGUCUGGGAUGCAGGGCUGGCAUCACAAGUUGCGUAAAAGCUUUGCAUUGCCUAUUCCGCCUGCGAGAUUUCCUCUCAGCGUGGCCAAAAGCGAACAGCUUUUGGGACGUAUGUAUUACAGAGUUUUAUGUAUAUGUUUUGUGUAGCUGACCAGAAGCAAAGAACUAUGAACCUUUCCAGUCCCAGACAUAUUUACAGUGGAUACGCGCGGACCGCGCACAAUUACGGCGCGUUGUUCUUUGGGGCGGAGAACCCAGCUGACGAUCAGCCGCGGAGACUCUAGAUGUACCCGGAACAAGAAAGUCAAUUGUAGACCACGUCGUCAAUUUUAGACCACGUCUGAAACGGACUGAGACGGUGCCACGACGAGAAGUGCUUCGCAAUAUUAUGCUAUUUCUAUUCUGAUCCUGUCAUGUGGAUCUCAAGUCGCAAACGAAGCAAAAGGUUUUCACGUUUUACUUCAUCUCUGACAUUACGACGUGUCCUGCCUAGAGAAUACCCGCGAGCAUGUGAGUCAAUCUGCGAUACUUGUCGACAUUGAGAUUAGCUGAGUAUCUUUAGACUGAUUGGAUAAACUAGGACAGGAGGGACACCACGCACUUUCUGCAGAUACUUACGCAAGGCAGUAUCGUAGGCGUAGGACGCUUUCCAAGUUUCUAAAGAGCCUUUUCGCGGGCGCCAGCAUAUCUAAAUCUACGUGGAUGGCAUAUCUAAAUCUACGUGGAUGUUGCUGGUGGCAUAUUCAAAUGUACUUGAGCGCAGGAGAAAAACGCAAACCAAUUGCUCUCAUAGAUCUCUAUUUGCCGCGGCCACACAUUUCUACUUAUGGUAUAACAGAGUAAUCCCGAUUCUCAUGGCUCUUUGGUUGUUAGUUAACGACAUUUUUGCCAGCCUAGUGACUGUCUCUUUGACCUGCCGCUGUCUACUACAACAAGCCUUUACACCCUGCGAAAUGUGACUCCUGCUGAGCGAGACAAAGUCAGUGAGGAGAUUCUGAAACUUUAAUGCCUCUUGGAUGGAUGUGUCUCGUGCUCCUUUUCAGAAUUGCUAAACUUUUCCAAUCGAUCCGUCUACCACACUUUUUGCAAAACGCCACAUUUACCUGUUUCACUGUUAUGCCUCGCUGCCCUGUCGGCAUGAUGCUCGACUGGCUGCAAAUUUUCAUUGCUGUUGCCAGGUUUGACCUGUUGUAGUAUGCGGAUCACUCGUCGCUGUCGAGCCGCUACAGGAGGUCAUGGAGAUCUAAAUGUCGGCUGAUUAUGACGGAUCACUAUAUUCUUGUGUGUCCUACAUCUGCUGUCACCCAGCACACCUGCUGGAAGCUGCAAACUGUUCCCUCUCGUGACGUCUAUCGCAGUGUGCAG